AUGUCGUAUAACGAUAAUAACCACAACUACUACGACCCUAACCAACAGGGUGGUAUGCCUAAUGAUGGGUACUACCAACAACCAUAUGAUAUGAAUCAACAACAGCCUUACGAUGAUUUGAAUCAACAACCUCAACAUCAAGACUACUAUGACCCAAAUGCACAAUAUCAUCAACAGCCAUAUGAUAUGGAUGGAUACAAUGAUCCAAACCAAUAUGGCGCACAUCCAAUGAAUGCACAAGGUUAUAAUGCUGAUCCAGAAGCUUUCUCGGAUUUCAGCUACAAUGGUCAAGCUCCUGGAACUCCAGGUUAUGAUCAAUAUGGUACUCAAUAUACUCCAUCUCAAAUGAGUUAUGGUGGAGAUCCAAGAUCUUCAGGGGCUUCGACACCAAUCUAUGGUGUUCAAGGCCAAGGUUAUGAUCCAACUCAAUUUCAAGUGUCUUCCAACUUGCCAUAUCCAGCAUGGUCAGCUGAUCCUCAAGCACCAAUCAAAAUUGAACACAUUGAGGACAUUUUCAUUGAUUUGACAAACAAAUUUGGUUUCCAAAGAGAUUCAAUGAGAAACAUGUUUGACUAUUUUAUGACUUUGUUAGAUUCUAGAUCUUCCCGUAUGGCUCCAGCCCAAGCUUUGUUGAGUUUGCACGCGGACUACAUUGGAGGUGACAAUGCAAACUAUAGAAAAUGGUUCUUCUCUUCACAACAAGAUUUGGAUGACACUUUGGGAUUUGCCAAUAUGACUUUGGGAAAAAUUGGUAGAAAGGCUAGAAAGGCUUCCAAGAAGUCCAAGAAAGCCAGAAAAGCUGCUGAAGAACACGGUGAAGAUGUCGAUGCGUUAGCUAACGAAUUGGAAGGUGACUAUUCGUUGGAAGCUGCUGAGAUCAGAUGGAAAGCCAAGAUGAACACAUUGACCCCAGAGGAAAGGGUUCGCGAUAUUGCUCUUUACUUGUUAUUGUGGGGUGAAGCCAAUCAAGUUCGGUUUACACCAGAAUGUUUGUGUUAUCUUUACAAGACUGCAGUUGAUUACUUGGAAUCACCAUUGUGUCAACAAAGACAAGAGCCAGUUCCAGAAGGUGACUAUUUGAAUCGUGUAAUUACUCCAUUGUACAGAUUUCUCAGAUCACAAGUUUACGAGAUUUAUGAAGGUAGAUUUGUUAAGCGUGAAAAAGAUCACAACAAGGUUAUUGGUUACGACGAUGUCAAUCAAUUGUUCUGGUACCCAGAGGGUGUUUCAAGAAUCAUUUUUACUGAUGGUACGAGAUUAAUAGAUAUUCCAAAAGAAGAACGUUACUUGAGAUUAGGUGAAGUUGAAUGGAGCAAUGUUUUCUUCAAAACCUAUAAAGAAAUCAGAACCUGGUUACAUUUUGUCACCAAUUUCAACAGAAUUUGGAUUAUUCACGGAACUAUUUACUGGAUGUAUACAGCUUACAACUCCCCAACUUUGUACACAAAAAACUAUGUUCAAACCAUCAAUCAGCAACCCCUUGCAUCAUCUAGAUGGGCGGCUUGUGCCAUUGGUGGUAUCAUUGCUGCAUUUCUUCAGAUUCUUGCCACACUUUUUGAAUGGAUGUUUGUUCCUAGAGAAUGGGCCGGUGCUCAACACUUGACUCGUCGUUUGAUGUUUUUGAUUUUGAUCUUUUUGGUAAAUUUGGCCCCAGUCGUAUACACUUUUAAAGUUGCUGGAUUAACCUUGUAUUCUAAAUCUUCAUAUGCCCUUUCGGUUGUUGGAUUUUUUAUUGCUGUUGCAACAUUGGUUUUCUUCGCUGUUAUGCCUUUGGGAGGAUUGUUUACCUCGUAUAUGAACAAAAGGUCUAGAAGAUAUAUAUCAUCACACACUUUCACGGCAAAUUUUGUCAAAUUGAGAGGUUUGGACAUGUGGAUGUCUUACUUGUUGUGGGUCUUGGUUUUUCUUGCCAAGUUGGUUGAAUCUUAUUUCUUCUUGACUUUGUCAUUGAGAGAUGCAAUCAGAAAUUUGUCAAAGACCACAAUGAGAUGUACAGGUGAAGUUUGGUAUGGUGAUAUUGUCUGUAGACAACAAGCCAAGAUUGUUUUGGGAUUGAUGUAUGCUGUCGAUUUGUUGUUGUUCUUCUUGGAUACUUACUUGUGGUACAUUAUCUGUAACUGUAUCUUUUCCAUUGGUCGUUCAUUCUACUUGGGUAUUUCAAUCUUGACUCCAUGGAGAAACAUUUUCACCAGAUUGCCAAAGAGAAUCUACUCAAAGAUUUUAGCCACUACCGAAAUGGAGAUCAAGUACAAACCAAAGGUUCUUAUCUCACAAAUUUGGAAUGCUAUUGUUAUCUCAAUGUACAGAGAACAUUUGUUAGCCAUUGACCACGUUCAAAAAUUAUUGUACCACCAAGUUCCAUCGGAAAUUGAAGGAAAGAGGACUUUGAGAGCACCAACCUUUUUUGCUUCUCAAGAUGACAACAACUUUGAAACGGAGUUUUUCCCAAGAAACUCAGAAGCCGAGAGAAGAAUUUCAUUCUUUGCACAAUCAUUGGCUACACCAAUGCCCGAACCUGUUCCUGUUGAUAAUAUGCCAACAUUCACUGUUUUCACUCCACACUAUUCCGAAAAGAUUUUGUUAUCAUUGAGAGAAAUUAUUAGGGAGGAUGACCAAUUCUCAAGGGUUACAUUAUUGGAAUACUUGAAGCAAUUGCAUCCAGUUGAAUGGGAAUGUUUUGUUAAGGAUACCAAGAUUUUGGCAGAGGAAACAGCCGCUUAUGAAAAUGGCGAAGAUGCCGAAAAAGCCUCUGAAGAUGGAUUGAAAUCUAAGAUCGAUGACUUGCCAUUCUACUGUAUUGGUUUCAAAUCGGCUGCUCCCGAGUACACUUUGAGAACAAGAAUCUGGGCUUCAUUGAGAUCACAAACUUUGUAUAGAACAGUUUCUGGUUUUAUGAAUUAUGCCAGAGCCAUCAAGCUUUUGUACAGAGUUGAAAACCCAGAAUUGGUGCAAUAUUUCGGCGGUGAUCCAGAAGGAUUGGAAUUGGCUUUGGAAAAGAUGGCCAGAAGAAAAUUUAGAUUCUUGGUUUCUAUGCAAAGAUUGUCCAAGUUCAAGGAUGAUGAAAUGGAGAAUGCCGAAUUCUUGUUGCGUGCUUACCCAGAUUUACAAAUCGCUUUCUUGGAUGAAGAACCAGCUUUGAAUGAGGAUGAGGAACCAAGAGUUUACUCCGCUUUGAUUGAUGGUCAUUGUGAAAUGUUAGAAAAUGGUAGACGUCGUCCUAAAUUCAGAGUCCAAUUGUCUGGUAAUCCAAUUUUGGGUGAUGGGAAAUCAGAUAACCAAAAUCAUGCUAUUAUUUUCCACAGAGGUGAAUACAUUCAAUUGAUUGAUGCCAAUCAAGAUAACUAUUUGGAAGAAUGUUUGAAGAUUAGAUCUGUUUUGGCUGAAUUCGAAGAAUUGAAUGUUGAACAUGUCAACCCAUACUCUCCAGAUUUGAAAACUGAAGAUCCAUUACACGAAAAGAAGGCUCCUGUUGCCAUUUUGGGUGCUAGAGAAUAUAUCUUUUCAGAAAACUCUGGUGUUUUGGGUGAUGUUGCUGCUGGUAAAGAACAAACUUUCGGUACUUUAUUUGCAAGAACCUUGGCUCAAAUUGGUGGUAAGUUACAUUAUGGACACCCCGAUUUCUUGAAUGCUACAUUUAUGUUGACGAGAGGUGGUGUUUCCAAAGCACAGAAAGGAUUGCACUUGAACGAAGAUAUUUACGCCGGUAUGAAUGCAAUGAUGAGAGGUGGUAAGAUCAAGCAUUGUGAAUACUACCAAUGUGGUAAAGGUAGAGAUAUGGGUUUCGGAUCUAUUUUGAAUUUCACAACCAAAAUUGGUGCUGGUAUGGGUGAACAAAUGUUGUCUAGAGAAUAUUACUACUUGUCAACUCAAUUGCCAUUGGAUAGAUUCUUGUCAUUCUACUAUGGUCACCCAGGUUUCCAUAUCAAUAACUUGUUCAUUCAAUUAUCUUUGCAAGUCUUUAUGUUGGUUUUGGCAAACUUGAACUCAUUGGCACAUGAAUCAAUCAUCUGUUCAUAUGAUAGAGAUGUUCCAGUUACCGAUGUCUUGUAUCCAUUUGGUUGUUACAAUAUCUCCCCUGCCGUUGAUUGGGUUAGACGUUAUACGUUGUCGAUCUUCAUUGUCUUCUUCAUUUCGUUCAUUCCAUUGGUUGUUCAAGAAUUGAUUGAAAGAGGUGUAUGGAAAGCCUGUCAAAGAUUUGUUAGACAUUUCAUUUCCUUGUCGCCUAUGUUUGAAGUCUUUGUUGCACAAAUCUACUCGUCAUCUGUUUUCACUGAUUUGACUGUUGGUGGUGCCAGAUAUAUUUCAACUGGUAGAGGUUUCGCUACUUCAAGAAUCCCAUUCUCCAUCUUGUAUUCGCGUUUCGCUGAUUCAUCUAUUUACAUGGGUGCAAGAUUGAUGUUGAUUUUGUUGUUCGGAACUGUUGCCCACUGGCAAGCCCCAUUGUUGUGGUUCUGGGCAUCAUUGUCUUCGUUGAUGUUUUCACCAUUCAUCUUCAACCCACACCAAUUCGCUUGGGAAGACUUUUUCAUUGAUUACAGAGACUUUAUCAGAUGGUUGUCAAGAGGUAACACCAAAUGGCACAGAAACUCAUGGAUCGGUUACAUCAGACUUUCUAGAUCUCGUGUUACUGGUUUCAAGCGUAAGUUGACUGGAGAUGUUUCCGAGAAAGCUGCAGGGGACGCUUCAAGAGCUCACAGAUCAAACAUUUUGUUUGCCGAUUUCCUUCCAACUUUGAUCUACACUGCCGGUCUUUAUGUUGCAUUUACCUUUAUCAAUGCUCAAACAGGUGUCAGUAAGUACCCAUACGAAAUUGAUGGUGAUGAAAACGUGCAAGAAGUCAACUCUGUCUUGAGACUUAUUGUUUGUUCGUUGGCACCAGUUGUCAUUGAUUGUGGUGUUUUGUUCGGAUGUGUUGGUAUGGCAUGUUGUGCUGGUCCAAUGAUGGGCUUGUGUUGUAAAAAGACCGGUGCUGUCAUUGCGGGUAUUGCUCACGGAAUUGCUGUAAUUGUUCACAUUGUAUUCUUCAUUGUUAUGUGGGUCAUGGAAGGUUUCAACUUUGCUAGAAUGUUGUUGGGUUUCGCCACCAUGAUUUACGUGCAAAGAUUGUUGUUCAAGUUCUUGACUUUGGCAUUCUUGACUAGGGAAUUCAAGAACGAUAAAGCAAAUACUGCAUUCUGGACUGGUAAGUGGUACAACACUGGUAUGGGAUGGAUGGCCUUCACCCAACCAUCUCGUGAAUUUGUUGCCAAGAUCGUGGAAAUGUCCGAGUUUGCUGGUGAUUUCGUGUUGGCUCAUAUCAUCUUGUUCUGUCAAUUACCUAUCUUGGCUGUCCCUUUGAUUGAUAGAUGGCACUCAAUGAUGUUGUUCUGGUUGAAACCAUCUAGAUUGAUCAGACCACCAAUUUACUCAUUGAAGCAAGCUAGAUUGAGAAAGAGAAUGGUAAGAAAAUACGUCACUUUGUACUUUGCUGUGCUCGUUUUGUUUGUUGUCAUCAUUGUUGCCCCAGCUGUUGCCUCUGGAUCUGUCAAGGUUGAUCAAUUUGCUGACAUUGGAUCGAAGGGUUCAAUUGCUUACGGAUUAUUCCAACCAAGAAAUGUUUCAAACAAUGAUACCGGUACCUCAAACAGACCAAAGUCAUACACUUGGUCUUACUUGAGUGAAAGGUACACAGGUAAAACUACAGCAUACUCUACCAACGCAUUUAGAUAA